GUGACACAGCUGUGAGCUCCCAUCCACGCUCCAGAAUAAUAUGACAUUUGGAUAAUUCUCCUUCAACACGAGCAACAUCGGUACAUUGUUGAAAGGAAGGAGUGAUGGAGUCUUUCCCAGGAGAUGGGGAGGGCAGCCUCGAUGACCUUACAGGAGGAAAGAGGAGGUCUAAACUGAAGACCCUGAAGAUACGUCUGUUUGGGAGGACCAAGCGAGAGACCAAACUCAGCCAGUCUGCUAGUGAUGUCACUGAGGCGGAGGGGCUGGGCUCAGCGGAGAAUCUGUGUUCAGGCGUUUUGGGAUCACGAGCGUUGUCACAUGACAGUAUCUUCCUGCCCGACCAGGAUCUGUCUAGUCCGGAGCAGCCCAGAGUUCUAUCCCAGGAGAACGUCCAAGGCAGGAUCAAAGAACUCCAGAUGAAGCUGCUGCAGCAGAACAUGCAUCUAGGCCCGCCCCCACUGGUUCUGCCAAUGAAACAUCCCGAGGACCUGGGGGGCAGCUCAGAGGAUGAUGGUCUGCCCCACAGCCCCCCCGAAAUCUCCAUGGGCAACAACAUGGCCCCCAGGGGGUUAUCUUACAAGUUCCCUGCCCCUCCCAGGCACCAUAUCUCUAUGAGUUUAGCAGGAACAGGAAGUGAGAAGGAAGUGCAGGCCUGCUCCCAACCCUCGUCCCGUCCCCUCUCCCCCGUGCCCAAACCUCCUCUUACCAACUCCGUGCCCCACACCCCAUCUGCCCUCCAAACUGCUUUCUCCCCUGCCCCCCCUGCCUUGGACUUCAUCACCCCAGCCCAGUUCACCCCCUGCCUGGAUAACUCUGCCGCCCGCCACCGUAUGUCCAUCAAACCCAGGAACCAGAGAGCCAGCGCCAAGAACAGAAGGCUGAACAUGACUGAGUCGAGACCACGCUCAGAGAGUCUCAACAACUUUGACCAACAGUUGACUGAAGAAGAGGAAGGGCCUGCCAUUACCGGGGGGAGAACACGUUUACGCUGUCACUCUACCCUGAUCCUAAAGUUGCAACAAGGGGGGUCGACCACCCCCACUGCACCCCCAGAGCUGACACCCCUAAAGUCGAGUUCCACAGAUUCUGAGGGGUCCCCCAAAAAAACCACUCUCCCCUGCAAGCUCUUCCCACAAGAGCAGCCCUAUCCUGGCGUUCCAGUUGUCUCCCCUGCCCCUGUGACCCGCCAGCUACCUGGAGCUAAACAGCCACAGCCCUCAUCUGUGACCACAGUUCAGGACCUGAGAUACACUCCACAACAACAGACCCUGAAACAGUCCAUGGGAGACCCCAAGCCCCCAGAACCAUCCCAAACCAAGAGGGAUGUCCUGAGCAAGAGUGGGGUACCGAAUUCUACCCCCAGCACCGAGGGUAGCCCCAAAGAUGAACCACUCCUUUCUGCUAGGCCCACAGCUAGCCUGACCACAGUGGUGACUCUCAGAUCGUCCUCUCUGAGGAGCAAGACAGAUGCUAGGGCUGGUGGUCAGAGUACCACACAGCCACCUGCAGGCCAGGAGGACACAGGUCAGGCAGAGCCAAUGUCCACUGGAGGAGCUCCGAAGCCAGGCUCCGGGCCCUUCCUGUUCUCCAUCAACUCAGCCAAGGGGAGAGAAACACCCAGGAUGGGAAGUGGUGGUUUCUUGGUAGUAGUGGAGCAGGCUGGGGAUGGGGCGACGAGGGAGGAGGAGACAGAGGUAAAGUUGAACCCCUCAAACGCCAGCCAGAGGGGGCAGGAGCAGCAGAGGGGCAGGCGGGAGAGGGACAAGCCCAAGGAAGAGGAGUUGACUGCCAUCGAUAUGGGGGGGGAAGUCUCGGAGGUGGGCGCUCUCCUUCUUGCCCCUUAUACUCCCUCCUCAAAACCCACCGGGCUUGAGGGGCUUCGGGACACCCCUCCAAUCAGGGCUAACUCCAUGCCCAAAAAGCUCUAUACAAACAACUGGGUUUCUCCUACAACACUGUCUUCAUCCAGGGGAAGAGCUGGUUCCCUCAGAGAAGCAGAUACAGCAACCCCCGCCCAGCCUACCCCUCACCUCUCAUUAAAGAGGCCCAAACCACCCCAGCUACACCUAAAGAGGACCAAACCCUCCCUGUCCUACCCAUAGAAGCCCAGGC